GGCAUUAACAACUUCUGCAGUUCUGCUGCCUCUUCGAGAAUCGAGAUACUUGUAGAAGUGGAUUAAAUGCUCCAACAAUUCUUAUUUUCUUUAUGAUAGACAGUGAGUCUGUUAAGCUUAACCUACUUGCUUGAACCUGAAUCACCAUGAUGAAACCAAGACAACGAAGCAAACUCGGGCUUCGUGGACAUACUCAGCUUCCUCAGCUUCUUAAUAAUAUGAAGACGACGAAGCAAGAAUCCGCUGUUUGCUUGAAGCUGCUGAUAGACGAGAAGGUGAAUCGAGUGGUAGCCGCCGAAGCAAACUCGGACUUCGUGGAUAUACUCCUCAGUUUCCUUACCAUCCCCAUGGGAACCAUAAUCAGACUCACCAGCAAAACAGAUGCGGAAAAAGCCCCACCUCUGAAAAUUGGUUGCAUGAACAAUCUGUACCAUUCUUUUGAAAACCUCAGCCCAGAAAUCUGGAACACCAGACACUGCAAGACCAUGGUGUUGAAACCCAGAAAUCCGCUCUCUGAAUACUUCACGGAGUUGCUGAUAAAUGUGGAUGAUUCUGGGUCUGAGGUGUUGUACGAGUGUAGCAGGGGAGGGUGUAAAAGCAAGUACGAGAAUGUUCUCUGCAACUGUGGCGGGAUGAGCAGGACCUGUGAUACAAAAGACAGCACUUUUGCUUCGUCGUCUUCUGAAGAUUGGGAGCCUGACGGCGCGUUUCUUAAGAGGGAGAGGACAAUGUUCAUUGUCAGUGAUAACUUACAAAUCAGUCCAUCUUCUCCGGCCGUUCUUGCUCAGAUUCUGUCCAGUCUUGGUUCCGGCGAAAUCAACCUAAUUAAGGAGAUGCCUGUACAAGUUAGUAAGGAGCAGGCAGUCCAACUGCUUGCACGCUCACUGGUUUCAAAGUCUCCUCUAUCCGAUGUGUUUCAUGACUUUCUCCAACUACCAAAUGUAGGAGAUCUAAGCUUACAUUCGAAGCCCGAUAAAAUAGUAACAUCCUCAUCAAAUGGUGUUGUCCAGAAAGAAGAAGAAGAAACCACUCAUAAGUUGAAUGUGAAAGUAACAGUAAACAAGUCUACGAACAGUAUACUCUUUGCAGAAGCCAGUAAUGAGUUCUCUGAUUUCUUGUGUACCUUUAUGACCAUGCCUAUCGGAUCAAUGCUAUGUCUUUUGAAGGGGAAUUCUGGAUUAGGCUGCAUGGAUGACUUGUACAAAAGUAUGGCAGAGUUGGAUCUGAAAUGGUUUCAUUGUGGAGCAAUAAAGGAUGACUUAUUCUGCCCGAAGAUUGCUCAGCACCACAACUGUAAGAAGCAGCCUCUGAAGUUGUCUGAACAAUGUGAGAGUGGUAGUCUGAUUAACCCCAGGUGCAGUAAUAACUUCUUGAAAGAACCUUCGGAGUUCAUAAUCUCAGAUGAUUUGGAAGUGAAGCCAUUGUAUUCUUCAUCAAGCUUUAGCAUACUCAAGGAACUCAACGUCCCCAUCAAUGAGAUCCAGCAGCAGCAAGUAGUGCCUAUUAGCAUGAAAGAGGCAUUGAGCCUUCUGAAGGCGGCACUUACAUCCCCAUCAGGAGCUCUAACUGAUGGCUUAGGCUGCUUCUUGCAGAAGCAUAAAGCAUAGUUCUUGUAAGGAUCUUGAUACGCAUGAAACUCAAGGAACUUCAGUUCAAUGUAUCUUAAUUGUAUGACUUCAUUGACUUGUGAUCUCGAGCAUGUACUUGGAGUAUUUUUAUUUUGACGUGCUUGUGUUUAUUAAUAGGAGCUUAGAUCGAUCGUAC